AUGGUCAAUCCGGGUCACGCCAGUAAAGGAUGCACCACCUGCAAGUUGAGGAGGAUUCGAUGCGACUAUGGACGUCCGUUUUGCCUGAACUGCACAAAGUCUAAACGAGUCUGUUUGGGUUAUAAUAUCCAUGCGAAUAUCACUCACAAAAAGGCUGGUUGUACAAACGCCGCUUUAAUGCUACAUCCUUCAGCUGCUACAUGCCAGUUGACUGGAUUGUGUCCUCUACCAGGCCUCAGUCAUUCCAAGGAAGAUGACAGCGCAACUCAAUCAUAUAUUGAUAAAUUCUGCCACCGCGCGGCCUCUGAAAAUGGAAGAAUAACUGUCCCUCGAGUCAUUCGGAACCAAUUUCAUAAAGAGCCAAGAACUGAGAAAGAGCGUCUUGGCAUGGUCAUGUUGUCUAUGCUGGGGACACUGAAUAACGCCUUCUAUUCACUUCGGCAGUCUAUGCAGACUAUGGAAACACGGAAAGACCUGCUUCAAAGAUACGGCUCUGCUACACGGCAGCUUAGAGAAGCUCUUACGAUCUGGCCAUUCUCGUCGGCCUUAUUAGUUCCCAUUUUCCAUUUCUCUUUAUAUGAGAUGAUUGUCAACUUGGAUCCGGCAGACAAAACGUGGGAGACCCAUCUUAGUGGUCUGCUAAAUAUACUUCAGCAAGUACCGGAUAACACCGUAAAAUUUACCUUGAUUAAGGCAGUACGGAUUUCAGAUUCAGUAAUCAAUGUUCACAAAGCCUUGGAGCCAUCAACGGUAGAUGGCUUGCAGAAAGCGUCUUUGCUGUUGGAUAUCGUCAAGCUUCAGCUUCGUAAGCUGGGCGCCGAGAUUGAUGCUGUUACGCACAGUUCACCGCCCCCUUUGCGGAAACUAGACAUACAGAAAUUGCAAGUAUCAAUUAAGCAUAUUCGCAAACAUUUGGAUCUGUUUUCUAUCAUGAUUGGCGAUCGAUUCGGGCCUUCAAUGAUUCACAUUGGCCAGGGCAGUCCUCACUGCGUCAACCAAAGGGAUAAGGGAUCCCAAAACUACCUUCCAAAUGACGCUUUUAUGGUGCAAUGGAUUCAGUUUUAUACUUUGCAGAUGAUGACAUCUUCAGUACUACUCAAAAUCGGUCAUUGUCUCCAUGCAAGCGCGACUUAUCACAGUAAAAGAGAGUUUAAAGCAUUAUCGCACACUAUACAAGAAGCAGCUGAGGGCAUCUGCUCUAUCACCGCGUCCUAUAUUGGGUUAUGCUCCCAGACAGCAUCAGAGCGCCCCGAAGCAUCACAGAUAAGAACAACACAAGCUCUGCUGUUGAUCUGGCCUCUAUUCUGCGUCUCUACGGCUCCCGGCCUGGCAGACGACCAAAAGAGCUGGGCUAGAGAAAUACUUUGGGCUAUUGGGGAGCAACACUCAAUCCCCAAAGCAUUGUCAUUGGCAUGCUCAAGUAGAGAAACUAUUACACAAUCCGAUAUCUUGGCGGGUAUCUUCCUUGUUAACCUCUUAUCCAUCUUACCAAAUCCCACGUUCAUGUAG